CGCAAGGCAUAUUGUUCAGGGAAUUUGAGGAUAGCCGUACCCAGAACAUUUGGUGCCCACCGACUGAUUUUCCUACGCCUUCGGAAGUCGCAUGUAUUCCGCUAAGUCAACCCGGCCCAUCAACCCUACAGAGGACUCCGCAACGAUUGGCAAUGCCACUAUACCAAGCUACACCGCCAUUGUGAAGGAGUGUCGACGCUGAUCGCAUACUGGGACGCAAUGCAGUUGGUACAAUGGAAGCCCUCGAUCCCCCCGCUACAGUCGAGCCCUUGCAGCCAGCGUUCAGCAGUCGUCCCGGUCCUGUAUGUGUGGGUGGAGAAGGGGUCUUCCAAGCCGCCUUUCUCGGCAAUUCAUCGUCCAACACUCGCCGUAAGCUACUACCGUCCCGUUCCUGCUCUCCGCAUCGCUCCAUCGGGGUUCAACGCAUACUGGGACGCACCGCAGUUGGCACUAUGGAAGCCCUCGAGCCCCCCGCCACAGUCGAGCAAUUGCAGCCAGCGAUCAUCAGUCGUCCCGGUCCUGUGUGUGGGAUGGGUGAAAGGGUCUUCCAACCCGCCACAAAUGGCAAGUAUACAUCUGAUCCGAACACUUCAAGCGCUGAUGUAUUCUUCGCUUCCAGUAAUUUGCCUUUUGCUCUAACAUCUUGUGACGAGAUGUCAACUAUUUCUGUCGCCGAUGAUGAUCGCUGCAUUCUGGAGCGCGAUGCAGUUGAUUCGCCCUCUGCAGAACCUGAUCCGUCAUCCAAUAACAUCGAGAUUUACUACCAGAAUUUCCCCAUCAAGUCACCUCCGCUCAAAGCCCCUCAACAGAUCCUCCUCAAACGACCACCUCAUGCACCGUCUUCAGACUCACCCCUGUCUCAUCCCAAUCAGCAACACCUAAUCAUGAAGGCCAAACUAAGUCUUAAACCGCCGAUCACUGGUUCUGAUAGUUUGAGUUUUCAAUUUAGCCUUUCUUAA